AUGGAUUCAGCAAGUUGCGGGCCAUCAACUGCUUUACAAAAUUUAAACAAGCAUGCCCAAAGAGAUAAUUCUUUACAACAUCAGAGGCAUCAACACCCUCAACACCCUCAACAGCAAGGAGCUUCCAUUCACCAGUUUCGUCAAGGUCAACAAGUGGAUUCUAGAUUAAAUGCCGACUUUAAACAAUUCAAUAAUGGUAAUGAUUUUGCUAACUCGUUUAUGAACCAAAUGAAUAUAAAACCAUCGAUGCAACAGCACCAACACCAGCAACACCAGCAUCAACAACCAGCAUGGGUGAAUGAUUUUUCAAAUUUGUCUAUUCAACAACAGCACCAGCACCAGAACCAGCAACAAAAUCAAGGGACUAAAUCAGAUUGGCAUCAACAGUUUAUGCAGCAACAACAACAACAACCCAAUACCUUACAACACCAAUCCAACUUCCAACAAAUGACACCAAAUUAUGCCAUGGGGAGUUAUCAGAUGAGAAACACUGCUACUACAAUGACACCAAUGUUUCACAAUCAAACUGAACAUCAACAACAACACAAGUUGGAGGAGGAACAGCGUGCGUUUGAAAAACAGUUUGACAUGAUUGAAAAACAGUUGCAAAAUGAAUCUGUCACUACUGAAGAAAACACAAAUCAGGAUGAAGCUAAAGAGGAGUUUGCUAGAAUUGCACGUAAGGCAGAAACAUCAAUGAAAACCAUAGAUUCGCAUGAUUCUGAAAUGAAUGAGAAAUUCCAGAAUUCGCAAUUCCUAAAAUUAAUGAGUUCAAUAGGUAAUAGACAAGUGGAGCUAGAGGGUGAUAAAUUAGUGACAUCAGAUUCAAAAGAAGAUAUCAGAGAGAAGGGAAUACCCGAAACAAUCACAGCCACAAAUCCAACAAUAACAACUGCACCUAGAGACACCCAAGAAGGCCAAUUUACACUGCAAGGGCCAUCGAACCCUGAUUUCGCCAGAGAAAUGUAUGACCAAAUCCCACGACCAAAGCCAGCUAACACUGCCUUUCCCCAUCCCUUAUCAGGAGACAGUGAACAUGAGCAACAACAAGAGCCAAAUGACCCACACCAGAAUACUUUACCUGAUCCAUUAGCUCAUAUACAAGAUGGUCAAUUGAGUGAUAUAAAUGAUCCGUUAACUGCAGCCAGAAUUAUAAGUGGUGGUCAAGUGCAAAUGAGUGACUGGGUGGAAGAUUACGAUACUAUAUCAGAUACUCCUUCUAAACUAGAAACAGAUUCAAACAACAAUCCAAACGUACGUCCCUUUAGAAAAGGUCAAAUUGUCGACCAUCACUGGGAUGAAAUGUAUCGUGAUUACAGACAUGAUGAUGAUUAUUUUUAG